AUGGCUACAAGGGUAUCAAAUUUCCAAGUUUCAAGGCAACCAACACGGUCUAUUUUGUUAUUGAAUGUUAAUCAAGAUUUAUCCUUGACUGAAUUUUUAGAUACUAUAACUUUUGGUCCUAUUGAAAAUGUUAGAAUAGUGGAGAAUUAUCCAGAUGAAGAUCAUAAUUCAAUAGCUUUAGCUUUCUUGAAAAUUGAAACUUGUUUGAAUUUCUAUAAUAACAUUUUAACUUAUUUAUCAAAAUUUAAAAAGGCAAACAAAUCUCCAGAUUUAUCAAUAAAUUUCAUCAAUACCAAAAAAUUAUUACCAUUCAUUUCAAAUGCUAUCAAUUCAGACGGUGCCACAAGAAAUGUUUAUGUUGGAAACUUGAAAUCAUUAGAUAAAGAGAUUGAUGAAGACUUUUUAUAUCAAGAAUUUUCAAAAUUUGGUAUCAUUGAUAAAAUUGAUUUGAUAACUAAGAAAACUGAUGAAAAAACUGAUCAAGAGGCUGAAGAAGUUGAAGAUGAACAAAAUGAUCAAUUUGCAUUUAUACAUUUUACAAAUAUUUCAUCUGCAAUCAAAGCUGUGGAACAAUUAUCCUUAUCUUCAAAUUGGCAAGAUGUUAAAGUGUUUUAUGGUACAGAUAGAUGUUCAAUAAAUUCAACUAGUUCAUUAAUAAGAUAUGGUUCUCAACAAUUCAUGACAGAUGAGGAUAUUUCAAAUGCUUUGAAUCAAAAAAAUUUAACUGCUCAAGCCGUUGCUACUAAUGCUGGUGGGGCAAAUAAUGUUGGUAAUAGAACUGUUUAUUUGGGAAACUUAGAUCCAAAAACAAAACCUGAAGAUAUUUGUAAUGUUGUCAGAGGUGGAGUUUUACAAUACAUCAAACAUUUCUCCACAAAGAAGAUUUGCUUCCUAACCUUUAUUGAACCUGUUGCUGCUGCUCAAUUCUAUGCUAAUGCUAAUAUUGAUGGUGUGACAUUACAUGGCCGUAAAUUGAAAAUUGGUUGGGGUAAUCAUUCUGGUCCUUUACCAAAUCCAAUUGCAUUAGCUGUUACUAUUGGUGCUUCAAGAAAUGUUUAUAUUGGUAUUAAAGAUCAAGAUUUAUCUGAUGAAUCUUUAAAAUUACCAAGUGAGGAAAUUCUAAGAGAGGAUUUUUCAAAGUUUGGUGAAAUUGAACAAAUUAAUUUUUUCAAGAAUGAUCGUUGUGUUUUCUUAAACUUUUUGAACAUUUCAAAUGCUAUCAAAGUUGUUGAUGAUGCUAAUGGUAAUAAUACUGAAAAAUUCCAUGAUUAUUUCAAUGGUAAAUACAGAAAUUUCAAGAUCAGCUUUGGUAAAGAUAGAUGUGGUAAUCCACCAAAGGCC